UCGUCCCUUUGCGCUGGUCGUUGGUCGUCGGUCUCCCACUCGGGGCCCGGCUAAAACGACACAACACGCUCGCGUUACGCGCGUGUACGAAUCCACGGGAUCCUCGAACACACUUAAAAUCCGCGGGGUAUAAAGGCUUGCAAGACCUGUUUCCGUGAUAGCCGUGUCCCGAGGAAUCCUGUCGCGAGCUGCUCGUCCAGGAAUAGACACUAGGAACAGUCCUUCUCAGUCCGCAGCUCCGCAAGGUUUUCGGUACCACAUCACCCCCGCAAGAUUCUCAAAACGAUGUUGCUCCUCGCCAUGUUCCUGCCACUGUUGGCAGCAGCGCCACUGAACCCGUCUCUGGAGAACUACGCGUUGGACAUCGAGAACGGGACACUGAGGAGCGUACGGUUUUCCGGGGACACCGUCGAGAGCCUCGAUCUCUCGAGCAUGGGGAUCCAGAGGCUGGAGAAGAACGCGCUGGACGACGUGGCUAACCUAAAGUCCCUGAAUCUGGCGAACAAUUCCCUCCAGUCCCUGCCGGAGUUCGUAUUCUCGAACCUGACCAACCUGGAGUACUUGAACCUGGCCGAGAACGAACUGUCCAGCCUGGAGAACUUGUUCGUCCGGCUGGAGAGGCUUCGCGUGCUGAACGUGUCCUGCAAUCCCGUGAUGCACCUGCGCAGAGGGCAUCUGUUCGGUCUGACCAAGUCCACGACGAUACUGACCGGCGGUAACGUGUUCUGGAGCAUCAGCACCGGCACGUUCACGAACUCGUUCCUGAAGAACGAGGAGGAGACGAUGCAGCUGGAUAGAAUGAAGGCGGAGGCAGACAUCGAGCAGAGGAACCGUGAGAAGGAGAGGACGAUGGAGACGAACAAGGAGGACGCGGCUCUCGAGCUUCAAUGCUCGCCGCCGAACAAGAUACCGUUGACGGAGGACCUGACGUUGAAAUUGUGCAUGCCGGACAAGAUGAUCGUGUCGUUGGAGCCGUUGGAUAAGGGCACGAAGAUCGCGGCUGGUAGUCAGUGCACGGAGGUGCCCGUGAACGCGAAAGAAAAGAAGGUGAGCCUGCGGGGUUUGGGCAUCAAAGGGUUCCACGAACGCUGGUACCAGCUGCAAUACCUACCCAUAGUCUCCUUGGAUCUGUCCCACAACGACAUAGCGGAGAUCUCCAAGGAGAUGCUCAACGACCUACCGGAGGACCUGAUCUACGUGAACCUAAUGGAGAACAACGUGAGAGGUAUCUACGACCAGGUGAUCGAGAACAGACACCUGAGGAUGUUGAAUCUGAAGAACAACCUCAUAGGGAACAUAGAGGAAGGGGCUCUUCGGAGGACCAACCUGACCCGUCUGUUCCUCGCUGGAAAUCAACUGGACGAUCUGUCCUUCGUCACCAGUCUGCCCCAAACUCUCACAGAACUAGUACUGUCUGGUAAUCAGAUCGCCGCGAUACCUGACGGCAUCUUCCUGAACCUUCCUGGUUUGGUGUUCUUGAACCUGGCCAACAACAAGAUCACCCAGUUGCAAGAGAACGUCUUCAAGAACCUGGACUCUCUGCGUAUGCUGAUCCUGACGAGUAAUAGUCUGCAUCGGAUCGAACAUUCAGCGUUCAGGGAUCUGAAGCAGCUGACCACGCUGUACCUUCAUCGAAACUCGCUGACCAGGCUGGAGAAGGGAACGUUCGCCGAACUGGGGAGCCUGAAGGACCUGAAUCUGGCCUGGAACAAGCUGAAGACUAUCACCAGGGACACGUUCGCCUGUCUGCCGCCAUCUCUAGACUUCCUGCACGUCGACUACAACGAGAUCGACAGUCUAGAGGCUGGCAGCUUCGACGACGUUCCUCGAGUCACCCUGAGUCUGACCGGGAACAAGAUUUCGAACAUUCCGAAGGGCGCCUUCAACCUGCCGACGCUUCGUGACUUGCAUCUGAACAACAACACUCUGACGACCAUCGACGGUGACAGCUACGAGGGACUGCCACGACUAACGCGACUAUGGCUCACCGAGAAUCGGAUCGACGAGAUAUCGAAAGGCUCCUGCAAGAAUCUCGCCAGCCUGAACGUGCUGGACAUCUCGCGGAAUCCGUUCCAACGACUGGCCAACGGCGCCCUCUAUGGGCUGAGCUCGGUCAGAGGCAAUUUCCUGUACAUUUACAACAAUCAGCUGACGGAAAUCCAGGGCGGGGUGUUCGACGAUGUUUAAUCGAAUCUACGCCUUAUCGGACCCGGAAGAUUUAUACGCGUUCACUUUCUACGAUAGGCUCGAUCCUGCGAUAUGAACGAGGGAUCCUGUUGCGCCCCAGUUGCGAGGACGAGUAUCCCCCGGGUAAUCGACGCUGUUAAUUAUCGCCAUUUGUGUCCACACUUUCCUCGAGUUGGAUAUUCCUUAUCUCGUCACGAGGCUUCGUGAGUCAUCGAAAGGGAACCUCGACUGUACGACGAAAUGAAAU